UUGAAAGAAACAGCAUUUGAAACAGCAUAUUCAACACCAUCAUCAACUGUUUCUAAUACACCAUAUUCAACACUCCAAAGUACUCCAUCAGUUUCACGAACACCAGCACGAACAAUCUUUGUUCCAAUUGAUUCAACAUCAUCCGAUGGUAAUGACGACAACAGUCAAAAAGAACAUUCAAAUAAGAAGAAUAAUGUUUCAUCACUUGUCGGCAUUAUUGUUGGCUGUCUUGUUGGUUUAAGUCUUCUCAUUGUUUUGUCCGUUGUUUUGUACCGUCACUUUAAAUCAGAAAGUUCUUCAUCAACAGACAUCGAAAACAAAACAGAAGAAACUAAAAUCAUCAACUCAGAUGAAGAAACAUAUCUUCAAACUACUAUUGAAACCAUCCCUCAAUCAUUCAUUUUCACUACAGAGCUUGAUGACGAUGAUGAUGCUUCAACUGACGAUCCAUUUAAUUUCUACAUUUAA